AUGGCUUUCUUCACCCUAAACCCCAUUCUCACUCCUCUCUCUUCUUCGCUUAAACCUAAUCUUCCUUCUUCUUCUUCCUCUUCUUCUUGUAACUGUCGAUUACCGUUUAUCUUCUCUAUCCUUCCCCGUUCGCGUUCUUCGAGGCAUGUCGUUCGUAUGGCUCCUGAUGAAGAGAAGAUGACUCGUCGUUCGCCUAUGGAUUUCCCAAUCGAAUGGGAAAGGCCUAGGCCAGGACGAAGACCGGAUAUUUUCCCUCAGUUUAGUCCGAUGAAGACACCCUUGCCACCUCCAAUGCCUGCAGAUCCUCCUGAAGAGGAUGAAGAAGAGGAAGAACAGAAAGAGCAAGAGGAAGAUCCUGAAAACGAGGAGCAAGAGAAUCCAGAACAGCAAUAG